GGUCCUGAAAAAUGCCUACUCCGUCCCUGCACUUAAUAAUUUCAAACGGUAAACAAUAGAAGUAUGUGUUAAAUAGUUCCGACAACAUGAAUUUUUAACUGAAUAAUAUUAAAUCGCCGCUGUCAAUUUGAAUAUUAAUGUCAAUGCAGGCGUAUGCAUUACGUAUUUGAUUAGAAACCAUGCGGAAUUCUGGCAAGUACAUUAAAUUAAUCUGUGUGAAGAAGCAAAUUAAGUGUGGGCUGAGUUAUUAUUUAAUCAAAGAUUAACAUGAGCGUCACAAUUUGAAAUAUGACCGAGGACGCGUUUUCAAACACUGGUUGUGUGCCAAAGGCGGUGAUUUCCUGGCGAAAUUUUGUGUCGUUGCUUAACUUGGGACAUCAGAUUUAUCCAGCUGAUCCCAUCGCCCCGGAAAACUCCGAGUUCAUUGUGAUUGAUAGGAAGUUUAACAUUAGGGUGAUUCAUAUUAAGCCGGACAACACUAGGAGGGCACCCAUAAGGGAGUCAUUCAGGAUCGGAGGGUCCAAAAGGAAUUCUUUGUCUGAGGAGUACUGGUUCACGAAAUGGAACAAGCCACUCAAAAUUGGGCACUGCAACUGUUCGUUCAGGAGGUCCAUGAGGUAUUCAAUUAUCUCAAACCAGCCGACAGUGGAGAAUGUAAGGGAAAGUGCAUUAAAUCUGGAUAAGCCUACAAAAAUAGUAAAUGUGGAAACAUUCGUUGAUCGAUUGAUACAAGAGACAUUUUUUGAGGCAUUCCAAGAGUACUACAUGUCCAAAAACAACAAAAAUGGCAAGUCUGGCAACAUUAAUUUGGCUUUCGAAAUGACAGAAGAAGAGUUUAGUGGUGUUACUUUGAGAAAGAAAAACAAGGAAUCCGACAAAAAGCAGUGUACACAUAAAAAGGUGCAAAAAAAACCUCUCAUAUUGUUAUUACAUGGAAUUGGAGUGUCUGCUGAUGUUUGGUCUGUAUUAAUAAACGCCUUAACCACCAGGAACUUUGAAGUCAUAGCUCCAGACAUGCUGGGACAUGGCUUCAGCUCAGCACCUGAUAAAGCCUGUUUGUACACAUUUGAGAGCCUUCUCGUCCAACUUUUGACGAUUUUUGAUCAUUACAUGAGUGUGGAUGAAAAGAGGAAGUGCAUUAUUAUUGGCCACUCAUACGGGUGUAGUUUAGCUACAGCCUUGUAUCAACAAAGAACCUCACAGAUAUCACAAUUAAUACUCAUCAGUGGAGGUGGACCGACACCUCUGGCAGCUCCGGUAAGCGAGAACGAAAUCAGCCCCUUCGGCUGCGUUUACACCCUCUUCAGCCCGUUGUUCUUUUGCGGCUUGAAGAGGAGCUUCUUCUACUCAUCCAGAGGCAAACAUUUCAACCCGUGUCUUGACGUUGAGUGCAACUCAAUUCCGGGACACGUUCUAAAGUACAUAGCUAACGGCCAACAGUGGCCUCAAGGCGAUGCAGCCUUCCACAGAAGAAUUUUAGUGCCAACGUUGCUGGUGCACGGCUUGCAGGAUCAAAAAGUUACGUUAGUGCAGCAGUGCGAAAUGGAAAGGACCAUUCCAAGGGCUUUCUUGGAAUUAAUACCGAAUGCUGGACACAUGGCGAUGUUGGACACCCCAGAACACCUCAACCAUAUGAUCUUAUGUUUUUUGGACUGGUGGACGUAAUUGCCAAACUCAGUAUUUGUAUUUCAGAAACACAAGAUUAUUUUGUGAUUCGUUUUUACUCGAAUGUAACAUAUCCGUCCCGGUUUUUAAUCUUUACAGUAUUUUCGACUAAGACUUUAAUAUUUAUUUACUAAAUAAAUGAAUAAGUAUAUUUCUAUA